AUGUUAAAAUCAAAAGUGAUUCAUCUUUCUAGUCCAUUACCUUCGUUACAUGAUGGUUCCUUAUCGAAUUCGUCUCGAUAUAAUAAAUCAUCAAAACAAUGUUGUCGAACUCGAACUCCAUCAUUAGACUCAAUAGACAAUGAUAAAUAUGAACAACAAAACGACAAAAAUAAUGAACAAGUUAAACUACAUUUUAAACAAACUUUAAAUAUGCCUUCAAUUCUAACAAGAUUAGCUAUACCACAACGUACUGUUUCUCUCUAUAUGCCACCAGCUAAACUUUAUCUUUUACAAGGUUUACUGACUGAUAAAUUAACAGUAGAAUAUCAACGUUUAUCAUGGGAUGCUUUAAAAAAGUCGAUUAAUGGUCAAAUUAAUAAAGUGAACACAUUGAACUUGUCAAUAAUUAUCCAUCAAUUAUUUAAACAUAAUAUUGUUCGUGGUCGUCGUAUCCUUGCUCGUAUUAUUAUUCAAGCACAAAUAGCAUCACCAUUUUAUACACCUGUAUAUGCAACAUUGAUUUCUGUUAUUAGUACAAAAUUUCCACAAAUUGGUGAAUUAAUUCUUAAACGUCUUAUAUCAUCAUUUCGUCAAACAUAUCAACGAAAUGACAAAUGUAAAUGUUUAGCAACAACAAAAUUUAUUCCACAUUUUAUUAAUCAAAAUGUUUUACAUGAAAUAGUUGCAUUACAAAUGCUUGUACUUUUACUUGAAAAUCCAACUAAUGAUAGUGUUGAAUUAGCUAUUCUAUUUUUAAAAGAAUGUGGACAAAAAUUAUUACAAGUUAGUUCACGUGGAUUAGAUUCAAUAUUUUCAACAUUAAGAAAUUUACUUCAUGAAUCAUCAUUAAAUAAACGUAUACAAUAUAUGAUUGAAGUUCUAUUUGCUGUACGAAAAGAUCAAUUUAAAACAAAUCCAACUAUACAAUCUGGUCUUUAUUUAAUUAAUGAAAAUAAUCAAUAUAUACAUAUACUUACAUUAGAUGAUCCAUAUGUAUUUAAAUAUGAUGAACAAUAUGAAGAAAAUGAAGCAAAAUAUAAAGAAAUUCGAAAAAUAAUUCUAGAUGAAAUUAGUGAUGAUGAAAAUGAAUCAAGUUUUUAUUCAACUGAUAGUGAUGAAGUUGAUGAUUUAGGAAAAAAAGAACAACAACAAACAAUUAUUGAUCGAACAGAAACAAAUUUACUAACACUUCAUCGUACAAUAUAUUUAACAAUUCAAUCAAGUAUUGAUGUUGAUGAAUGUGCACAUGAAUUACUUAAAAUAAAUAUACGUCCAGGACAAGAAAUUGAAUUAUGUCAAAUGAUUGUUGACAGUUGUGCACAACAACGAACAUAUGAACGUUUUUUUUGGUUUACUUGGUCAAUGUUUUUGUUUAUUCAAAAAAAAAAUGUUGCAAAAUUUUUUGCACAUUUACUUGUUACUAAUGCAAUAUCACGAAAUGUACUUCAUUGUAUUCGUUUAACUGAACAAGAUACAACAUCAUCAUCACGUGUUUAUAUAAAAAAAUUAUUUUUGGAAUUAAUUGAAUUUCUUGGUUUAAGUCAACUUAAUAAACGUUUAACUGAUUCGUAAGUAAUUGAAAAAUAAAACGAUUAAUUCCUAUUGUUUUCUUUGUUUUAUAUUGUAGAACAUUGGUAGAAUAUUUUCAAAAUCUUCUUCCUUCUGAUAAUCCAAAAAAUAGUUGAUUUUCAGUCAAUUUUUUUACAUCAAUAGGUCUUGGUGGAUUAACGUAAGUAUUGGAUUUACUUAGAGCAUUCCAAAAGUAGUGACAAUGAUACUUUAAUACUGUAUAGUAAGCUUGAAGAAAUUUUCUUUUUUUAUGUGGUGAUAGAGAAAACAAUGCUCUAUUUUUCUGUGCUAUUUGAUCACUUCAACCAGGGAUGCCACCUCAUGAAGUCGAAAAAGCGGAAAGUUGACUCAGAAAAGCGGAAAAUUGCGAAAAAAAAACAGAAAAAGCGGAAACUUAUCUCGUUGCGGAUUUUUAGCAUUUAUGACGAUUUUCAACGUUUUUCAUGUCUAUAGCAUUCUGUUUUUAUUUUAACAAAAUUGCAAAACAUAAAAAAAGAAAAUUUCUUCAAG